CGAAGAAGAGAAAAGAGAGAGAGAGAGUAAAGCAUGGCGGAAAAACAGCACGAGCAGAAGCAGAAGCAGCAGCACCACGUCCCCAUCGUGCGACCUGGCGCCUCCCCACAGGGUCCGCCGGGCUGGGCCGAGGCGCAGCAGGACCAAGAGGGGACGAUGGAGGCGGAGCGCGUCGACGAGUACCUGCCGCAGGAGGGAGCGCAGACGCUAGGCUCCAGGAAGGAGCACGCGGCAGGAGAGGCGGGAGCGGGGCCGGGACAUGGGCGACAGUCGAGCGCAUCGACGUACAACACGGCCCAAACGGCGGCCUCUUCUGCGUCGUCGGAGCCACAGAGCGGGAAGGAGGGGCUGGGCGCAAAGAUCAAGGACAAGAUCCAUCUGGUGGGCGAAAAGAUGGCCCUGGUGCCUGCAAAGGAGGGACGAGAGGGGCUAGACGACGUCGAGAGGGCCGCUCGGACCCAGAACGCUUCGACGAUGCCAGAAUGA